CAUUGCCGCAACUCAGUCUACCUGUGUAUGUGUCAUGGUUGACCACUUUGUUAACCACUUACUGAAGAUCUCUGAAAACAACAUUUAGGAAUAAUAAAUAUGCAGUGUAAUUUGGUGGUACCGUUUCAUUUAAUCAAGUAGGAUGACUCCUACAUUAAAAGGGGUGACCUGAAAGGCCGAUAUGUCGGGUUACCACGAAACCAGGUGGCAUGAGAACUGCUUCGGUUGCUGCGACGAUUGCACUACAUGCCUCCAUCAAAGAAACAACAAUGAACCUUUGUACGAGGGCCUCUGCAAAAGGUUUAUGACAAUGGGUUCGGUGCGGUACGGCAUGCGACUGGGAGCGGUGUCGCCGCCACCACCAGGAGCGGGUCCGCGUUACCGCUCUCAAUGCUGUUGGCCGUCGACAGCGACUGUCGUUCCUGGCUCCGUCUCCCGGAUCCCGCUACUUACCACGACGCCUAUAAAUAACUUCGAUAUAAUUAGUUGCGCAAAUAGAGUGAGGAUGACCGAGGAUGCUACGUCAGAGCAACCUCAGCAGACGGCAGUGCGCGGUCAUGUACUAUAUUCCACUAAGUGCCUGCUAAAGAGCCAGUUUAAACGGUGUACUUUGAUGCGACCUCAAAUCUACAGUCGGUUGUGCGAGUACGGCGACGGCAACGGUGAAGAAGACGACAUAUUGAACACUCUGGAUCGGCUCCCUAGAUUCCGCUUCGGCGGAAAUCGGGCAAAUUCUAACAAAGUGAGAGAUUUCGAGAAACGAGCCAACGAACAGAGACUCAAAGAUUUAACGGAGCGAUUGAAAAGAGGACCCGUACCACCUCCGAGAACACGGCAUCCGGUGAAAACGCCAGUGACUACCCCUGAACAUUCACAAGAUGACAAUUGCAUCAAAUUCAUUCCUUUCAGAAGUGCUUCUUUUUCACAAGUUGAUUAUUCAAGCGACGAUAAGAAGUAUAUAAGAAAGCGAAAUCCUAGUAAUGACGGAACGGACAACGAAAGAUUGGCUUGUCGAGGAGUCGCUACUUUACCAAGAUCGAAAAAUUUACGUGACAUAAUAUCAGUUAAAUCAAAAAUACCAAAUAUCAAUCAACGAGAAUCUCCUUCCGUUUCUGGAGCAAGUACUGGCGACCCACUUUAUAGAAUACCACAUUGUGAAUCGGAAAAAAAAGUGAAUGAGGAAAACUGUGAAAUACCUGAAAAAGAUACUGAUAAAAAAUUACCACCUUUCAUAACUAGAUGCAACACAAUAUCGACUGCCACUCUAAACACUCAAGAAAAAAAGCGGGAUAAAUUACGACGACGUAAAGGAAUAUAUAUAUCCCAAUGGCCGAAUACUUAUCAAGCUACUGAAAAUGUCAUUCCCAAAUUCGUAGAGGAUGGGGAUUUUGCCUCUUGUCCCGACAACAGCAUUACGAUUCUUGAACAUCCAGUUACAGAUGUUAUUAAAUUACCGACAGAAGAAGAUAAAAAUUACGACAUCUUCAUGUGGACGAGUCCACAAGAAGAACCAUUAAGUCCUGAAGAUACCAACACUCCACCCGAAUGGCCUUAUAAUCAAAAUCGAUCCCGUUUUGUUUCACCGUCUCCCGACGAGAAGGAUAAGCCCUUAAAAGCACCAACAAGAGGUAUGCAUUUUGUUCGUUCCGAUUCUUUGUCGGAAGGUGAACUUGAAAUUGCAGAGCGAAAAUUAGAUCAAAUCUCUUUAGUACCGUCAGAUUUUUCAGACUCUGAAAGUAGACUAAGUCUUAAUAAUGAUGUGAGUCCUUGUAUUACGCGACGUUACUCUAAACGACCUUUACGAGGACCUUACGGCCAAAUGUUGGAAGCUGAAAUGAAGAAACCCGAAAGUGGGAGAAAGAGUCAAUUUAACACUGAUUUAAAGUUUUUAGAAGAUCUGUCCUUAUCAAGUAGAGAAUCAAAAUUAAAACAUUCGAGAUCACGAAGUUCUUGUAAUAAUUCUCUCGAUGACACUCCUUCAAAGGGAAGUUUUAAUAAUUUAUUAAGUUCACCGAAACAGUUAGCGGCUUUAUCGAAGAGAAAAGUUAGUGCAGAUAGUUUAGUCAUUGGAAAUGAAAAUGAUCAAAAGUUGAUAAUUAGUCACCAACGUACUACAUCAAGUCCGUCUAAACUGGAAGGUUAUACCAACGCUGAAGUAUCUCAUGAAUUACUCGAACAAUUAUUAAGAGGAAGUUCUGAACAACUUGCCACGUCAGAUACUAAUGUGCAACAAAAAACCGAUACGAGAACGCACGUGGUUGUUGAGCUUUACGAUAACGAAAGAACGUACGUCGACUCCCUCCAGAUUUUAGUUACGAAAUAUUUAGAACCGUUGAAAAGUCCCGAGAAUACCAAUCUUUUGGAUUCAACACUCGUCGAUGAAAUUUUUUAUCAAAUACCGUUUUUACUAAGUCACCAUCAAACGUUUCUAGAGGAAUUGAAAAAGCGUUUAGAACAUUGGGACUUUAAACAAAAAAUCGGCGAUGUUUUCUUGGAGAUGUUUUCCAAAUCUGCUGUUAUCGAAAGCUAUACAAAUUAUGUGAAUAACUGGAAACGAGCGAGAGAAAUUAUUAAAAGUGCCCAACAAUCAAAACCUGCUUUUGCUAAAUUCUUAGAGACUACAGCUAGAGAACACAAGGGAAAAUUAGCAUUAGAUUCCUUGCUUAUAAAACCAAUUCAAAAAUUUCCCAAAUAUGAGCUUUUGCUUCAAAGACUAAUCAAACACACGGAUGUGGUGCAUCCUGACCACAGUUUGUUACUUGCCGCCCAAAAAGAGGUUCAUGAUCAGCUACUGAAAAUCAAUUGUACCGAAAGAGAAGCUUUAGAAUUGGAACAACUACGUGAAAUCGAAGGUCUAAUCGAAGGUCUCAUCGAAUUAGUGUCGACUGAUCGUCAGUAUUUGCGUCAUGACUUGGUCAGUAUGGCGGCUGGAGGAGGAACGAGAAAAGAAAGAGCUUUAUUUCUUUUUUCGGACUUGUUACUUGUGACCAGCAUUAAACGAAGGAGUGGAACAAUCAGGAGACCAACAGGUCAGGGAAGCGUUACAAGCACGCUUGAAGCAAAUAAGUACAAAUUGCUUAUGAAAAUAGCAUUAGAAGAUUUAGAAAUUGUAAAAUCCAAAGAUGAAAAUUUAAGACAAGUGAUGAUUGAAAUAGAAAAUUUGUCAGGUGACGUGGGGAUUUUGAACCAAAUUAAUGAAUUAAGUUGGUCUCUACAUUGUAAUCAUAGCCAAUUAGAUGAUCUUGUUAGAGAUAUGUUGACAUCUUUGAAUAAGCAGUUAAUGGAACAGCAAAACAGUGACUCUCAACUCUCUUGUUUAGAUCUGACGCUUAAUACAUCAAACGGGUUGGAAAACAUAUCUGUUGUAUUUUCCAAUCCUGAAAAGAGAGUAUCAUGGGAAGAGUCAUUCAACGAAGCCAAACAGAAACUAGCAAUAUCCGGAGACAGAAAACUAUGUCCGGAGCUAUUAGCAACAGUCCCUAUACGUAAAACUCGCGCUGGCCUCCAAUUUACAUGUGCAGCUCCUAUACUAAGCGACAACAGUAAAGAUGUGUGGGUUUGCAACAGUGACGGUUAUGUGGGUCAAGUAUGCAUUCUCAGUUUACAACCUGAACCAACUGUCACAUCUUGUAAUGGUGUUUGUAACGCGAGGAUUUUAUGCAUAGCAUCAGUUCCUGGAGUCAGUUAUAAUUCUCUUAACAGAGGGAAUAACAACAGAGAAGAAACAGAGGAACAUAAAACAAUUCAGUUUGAUAGUGGUUCGUCCAGUGACGAAGAUGACGAAAGUGAUAACGAAGAGAUUGAUGAAUCACAGAAGAUCUUAGACACUUCUGAUGUUUCAAGUUCAGAAAUCGAUGAUAUAGAUAGUCAACAAUCAACAAUUUGGCUAGGAACGGAAGAUGGGUGCAUACAUGUUUAUAAUGCGAGUGAUAACAUUAGGAUUAAGAAGAAUAAGAUUCGGUUGCAGUUGGGCUCUUCAGUACUAUGCAUAAUAUAUUUCGACAAUCGUGUGUUUGUGUCAUUAGCAAAUGGGGAUUUAGUAAUUUACGACAGGGACGCCUCUGGUGGUUGGAACGUAAAUUCUCCUACUACAGUAACCGUUGCGUCGACAAGUAUCCCUAUUUCAAAAAUGCUUUCAAACUCUGGGAAAUUAUGGUGCGGUUGUGGUAGUACCAUAAAAGUAUUUAAUACACAAACUCUCGCAACGGAGAACAACUUUAUAGUUAAUAAUGAUAGUAAUAAACCUGUAUCGUGUAUUGUCUUAUCAGGUAAUGGAUUAUGGUUAUCGCUGCAAAACUCAGCGAUUGUGAAAUGUUUCCAUACUCUUAAUCUUGACCACUUGUGUGAGGUGAAUGUCGCACCGGCUGUAACGAAAAUGUUGACAAGUUGUGAUGACAUAAUUAGACAACAUAAAGCAGCAUGUUUGAGAGUAACGUCUCUGCUCGCAUGUAAAGAUUUGUUGUGGAUAGGAACUUCUGCAGGGGUUCUUUUAACUAUGCCCUUGCCACACAUCACCUCAACCACUACAAAAUUAUCAAACAUACCUCCCAUAACAGGAGUUUCUCAUGGACAUACCGGUCAUGUUCGCUUUUUAACCUACGUCGAAAUGACGUCUAGUAAUUCUGACGGACAACAACAUAGGAAUUCUUAUAAAGGGAAACCUGAUCAGAGGAGUAAUACAAAAAUGCUAGUGAUAUCAGGAGGUGAUGGUUAUGAAGAUUUCCGAAGUUCCAAUAUGUCGGAAAUUGCUGGUCGCGAAGAUUCCACCAAUCAUUUAUUGUUGUGGAAUAUUUGAUAAGAAAAAAUGGGAGUAAAUUUUAAAAUAACAUUAUAUAGAUAUAUGAAUGUGGCAUAUCUGAACUAUUUAUAUGUUCGAGUGAUAAAUGCAUUUUUGUAAAAUGUGUGAUAGUAAUAUUAGGCUUGUGCAUAACGGCGUUGUUUGAUUUGCGGUGGUAGUGUUAAUUUAUCUUAAAGUUGCCUAACUUAAUAUGUUCCUAAUAUGUUGUUUGGUGGUAAAAACUGCAUUAUAUACAAAAUUAUAAUGCACUAGAUAAACCCUUAUGUUAUUUUUUUAAUGAUGGCUCUAUUUUUCCUUACAUCGAAAAUGAACUGUUUUAUAAUACAUUCUUUUAGCCGUUUAUAGUGCAGUCUAUAAAACACUUGAAAAAUUAUUAUCUUUAUAUUGCUCAAUCUAUGACAAAUUCUAUUAUCAAAUUGAUAAAAAUACAAUAUUUAUUUAUUUAU